AUGGAGGAGCUGACGGUGGAAGUGCGCGGCUCCAACGGGGCCUUCUACAAGGUACGCCUCGCCCUCUCGCCGCCGGGAGCCCGGGGAGGAGCGGCCUCGGCGGGGGGACGGGGUACGGCCCGUUACUGCGGGGUUGGGGCCGGAGGGGUGGGCGGAAGGGCGGCCCUCGGCAGCCACCCUCGGAGCGGGGGAGCCUUUGGCCCAGGCCGGAGCGGGCAGACAGUGGAAGGUUGAGCGGUUUCUUUUUUGGGGUGGGUGGGCGGGUGGGGAGGAUAAAAGGUGUGUGAGGCGGGGCGGGGUGGUGUGUGGCUUUUGGGAGGGGCUUGUGGGCGGGACACGGGUGAGGGGAGAGGUCGUGGGGAGAGCCCAAGUUCUGGGUGCGUUACGUGUCCCCGCAGUGUUGAGGUAACGCUUUUUCGUUUUGGACACUCCUGGAAAACGGUGUAACGUGCGAAGGGGCUUCCCUUCGUUUCCCGGGGCAGGGCAGGCCAGGGCUGACUUUGUGAAGCACCUUGAGAAACCUCUUUUGGAGGGUUUUGUCUUGGAAGGCUUUUUUUUUGGCCUUGUUAGCUUGAUAAAAGUGGGGGGUGGGAAAGGGAGCUUCUGAAUUUUAUUUUACUGUGGUGUGUUUAGUCCCCCAAGUAGGACACGGGUGGGGUGGGGUGGGGGUGUUAUGAGUCACUUGUGAGGGGUGUGGGGGAUGCCCUCUGCUGUGAGUCAAAAUACAUUUUAUAUCCCUUUACUAAUAUUAGAUUCAGGUCAGGCAGCAUGGAGUCACACCUCUGGUGAUAAGUAGACCCACUGCUGUGGUUUGGGUUUUAGAGAACAUUUGUGCAAGCUAGGGCUAGAGGUAGGUUGAAAGGUGUGGGAUUCUUCACCCAAAAUGCAGGUUAUUUUGUUUUAAAUAAGCUACUCCUUCAUAAAGUUAGGAAUGCACGACAACCAUAAUACUUUUACAGACUCUUGAGUUUAUUUAUGUCACCAGAAAGCUUUCUUCACUGCCACCCUCCCUGGUAUGCCAGGAUGUUACAGGAUCAAUACAGGAUACUCUCAGCUGUUGCUGUCAGUCUUUCUCCCUAAGCCAAGCCUUGGAUGCUUGAAAAUCCUAGACCUUUUUAUGGCGUGAGGCCUCUGUUCCUCUACAGGAGCACUGAUAGGAAGGCAGCAUUGUGAAUUACAGUUUUAUCUGCGCACUGUGAAAGUUUUAUUUAUACUUAAUCAUAAAUGUAUGCUAAUUACAACAAAACUAUUCACUAUGUCUGUGUUUUGGGUGGGUGUAGUGGCAAGUAUAACUCAUGUAAAUGUGAUGGGAAUUUAAAGUUUGUUGCUAGUUGACAUUCCAUGCAAUACCAAUGGCAAUUUUGUAAAACUUAAGGUUUUGAAACUAAUUACACCACAUUUGCAUUUUGUACUUGAAUUCAUAUACUUAUCAACAUGGAUCCUACUCUUCAUCUGUGGAAUAAAGAAAUUUAAAGUCUUGUAUAAGCUUUACAAAUAUAUCAGAAUAUAGGCAGUUCAUUUGUUCUAAAAUUUAUAUAUUUUCUCAGUAGGGCCUUUUUACUGGUUAGUGGUGUCAGGAAUUUCUGAGAAGUAUUUUGCCUGCCAUUUUAUUUCUUUAUGACCUUGUGCAACAUACCUGUGCCUUACUUUAGUUUUGUGACUCCGGGAGUGUUGAAAGGCAUAUCUUAAGAUAUUUUCAAAUGCAAAGUCAUAGUAAAAAUUUGGAAUUCGUUUUUGUGAUACGUGGAUGACUUUUCAAAGACAGCAAUUGCAGGCUUGUUGAGAGAUGUGAUUUGACAACAUCAGUUUAUAUGUAAGAAGGUUAGAAUGUUCAAGUUUAGUGCCAUGUUAAGUGAAAGCUUUUCAUUCAGCAUUUUGAAAAUUUUGUUCAACUUCAGUAUGUACAUGUGAUGAAAUUAUGUUUAUACUUUGCUGAAUCCGUUUGGCCUUGAAGCUUCCUCGCUCAGCUAGCACAAGCGUUUAUUUUUGAAGAAGUCAGUUUUCUAUUCUGCUUUUUCAUGUGUGCAGAUGGAAGGAGGAGGAAAGUGUUGUUUUCAGAAUGGUAAGUCUGUGAUUUAAAUAAAACCAACCUACUGGCAAUAAUAGUUGGAACUCCUUGUUGGUGGUAAAAGUAAUACAAGGUCUCACUGAGACUGAAUUUAAUCAGUGAUAAUUGCUUCAGGCAGUCACAUACCAGGCAUAUAUGGUUAUUAUCAUGGAUCACAGCACCAUUUUAAAAUUGAACAUUGCUUGGGCCUAGUUGCUGCUAAUGUAAAGCCAGGAUUUCCAGGGCAUUUAAGACAUUGCAUUUUAGCAUUUGUGGAGUUGUUAGCUACUGUUGUAAGUAGCCCUUUGCCUAUAGGUGGGCCUGGGAUCCAAGUUGAAAAGGUUCCGGAUAUUGAUAGGCCGUGUAAGAAUUGGAGAGCUUACAAUUUUGAUAGUUGGCAAAUCUGGAAAUGUUUAACUUACUCUUGGAUUUCUUUUUUGUGAUUUACCGUAUAUUGGCUAGUGACUAUAUAUAUAUAUAUAUAUAUAUAUAUAUAUAUAUAGUGACUGACACAAAAAUAAUUCCAAAUCCUCCAUUUGAAUGCAGGCCAUCCUGUUUUAAUUUCCUGAAUAACUCAGGGAGGAUAUAUUGACAGAAUGCAAAAUCCAUGUGACUAUACUUGCUUUUAGAUUCUUGUUUCAAAAUUAUGGCUAGUUAAGAUUCCCUCACCCAGCAUGUUUAUCUACAACAGGGAUGGGCAACUUGUAGCUCUUUAGAUAUUGUUAGAUUCCUGACUCCCAUCAGCCCUAGUCAGUGUGCCAGUAAUUGGAGACAAUGAGAUUUGUAGUCCAACAAUACCUGUUGGACAAUAAUUGCUUCAGAGCGCUCAGAUAGAUGAAUUUUAAAAAAUAUAUCCGUUAUUAGUAAGCUGCCAUAUGGGGCUUGAUUUGUUCAUGACCUAAUACAUGGCUGUGAAACCUGUGGCUAUUCAGGUGUUACUGGACCACAUCCCCCAUCAUCCCUGACCUUUGGUCAUGCUGGCUGGAGUGAUGAGAAUUGGGGGAUCUGACAACACCUGAUACUUCAUAUCACAAGUUUCCCACCUGUUAUAACAAUGAAUAAAUAACCAGAAAUAUAGUUUAUGGAUAUGGAAGCUAUCAACAGUUAUUUAUUUCCAGUUAAAGAUGGUUGCUAUUUAUUUAUUUUUAAUCUGGUGUGGACUGGUCUCCAGUUAUUAAAAAAAAGCUGACUUUUUCAGUUGAUGCAGGUACUUUUGAUUUCAAAUUGAAGCUAGCUUUAGAAACCCUGUAGCAAUAACUUGGCACCAGCAUUCGAAACUCACCAGGUGCCAGACGCAUUUUGCACCUGCUAUCAACCACUUGCAACCAAGUGAAGAUGCCAGGAUGGCGCCUGACGUCUCCACCAUCUGGAGGUGCAUGCCUGGGAGAUUUCAGAAGAACUUUGCAAUGAAAUAGCUUGCAUUGCACUAGCCAUUGUUAAAUUAGUGCAGGUUAGAAACUGGACAGUGUCAUACUCAAUGGAAGAAGGCACAAAAUUUUUGUCAAGUUCAAAUGAUACAUAGAUUUUUGCAAUUUUGGAACUAUGCUUUAAUAUCUGCUUCCAGUGGUUACUUUGAGCUGUAUUUGUUCUUUACCAGUACUUUUUACUUUCUGCUGCCCAUGAGUCAUAUCUCUUUUGGAUUGAGCUUUACUUGGCUAUCUUAUAGUCACUGGCAAGUUGCAUAGCUGUAAGCUUAUUUUAGGUUAUCUGGUUUUGAUAGUAGAGGCUCUUGAGAAAAUAGGAAGUUAAAUAUUUUAUUUCGUGUUAUGCCACUGUACAACACUAUUUUUUCCUUUGGGUGUAUUAUGAUUUUGAAAAAUCAGUUUGAAAUCCCAGUGUACAAAGUAGCAUAAUAAGAAUAGUUUUCUGGACAACUAACAUGUUCAGAGAAAUGGAGAGGUUUUCAAAAUAAUGGUCUCAAUAUAUCUAUGAUUUUUUUCAAAGGACUUUGUGAUGUGACAUUGACUUCUGAUAAAAUGAAUCUGCUAAACCAGGGAUCAGGAACCUGUGGCCCUAUAGAUGAUGUUGGACUACAACUCCCAUUAUCCAUGACUAUUGACUAAAGUCUGUUUUGGAGGCCUAAUCUGGCCCGCUGUUCAAUCCGGCCCCUGCGGCAGUUUAUUUCGUGGGCUAAAAUCCUAAAAAAACCUCAACAACUUCAAUCCUAAGAAAAGGUCACCAACUUUGGUUGGCCCUUUGGUCGGCCCUCAUGACCCUUUACUUCAUCAAAUUUGGCCCUCUUUGAAAAAAGUUUGGACACCACUGAUCUAGGCUAAUGGUGAUGGGAAGAGGAAUCAAACAACAUCUGAAGGGCAAAGCCGUUCCAUUCCUGAAAUAAACUGUCAAAUUCUUCGUUGUUCAGAUCAUUAAAGCUUUUAUGUUGGUUGAACUCCUGCCAAGUACAACAUAGUACAAAUUUCAUUCUAUACUGAUUCUUGAUCAGUAUAGAAUUCAUACACUUGUUUUUAUUUGAGAAACUUGGCAUGCUUCAUGUUUCAUCAUAAAGUGAUCAGAUGUGCAUAAAUGAGAUAGUAUAGUUCUUAUGUGGAAAUUACAGUAUCAUAUGAGGAGCCUGUUUUAGUGCACACUUGCGUGAAUAGAUCAAACCCCUUUUUUAUGGGAUGCUCAUUGCAGGGGUGUUUUCAAACUAGCAAUGUGAAGCAUGAUGAACAGUUCUAUAGCUAUAACUUCCCAGUUAUGCAUGUUUGAAUUUAUUCUGGGUCUUGAAGGACACAGUUUCCCCUGACACCCCCCCCCAUUUGCUCAGUAUUGAUCCAGUAUUCCCCCCGCCUCGCAUUUGCUCAGUUAUGGUCCAGUAUUUCCUUUGAUACACCAAUAUACCAGUGACACAAACAAACAUUGAGAGUCGUCGUUGGAGCUUUGAUUUAGAUUCUAAAGUUUACUGGUGUGUGCACAUCAAGGUCAUAGAAUCAAAUUACAAAUAACUAAGUUGAGCCCAUACUUGUAAGUUUAUUAUAACUUUAUUUAUUUAUUACAUUUAUAUUUCACCUUUCCCCACGGAGCUCAAGGUCCUAUGCAUUGUUUUCUCCAUCUCAUUUUAUCUUCACAACAACCCUGUGAGGUAGGUUAGGCUGAGAGGCAGUGACUGGUGACCUUCAUAUGUGAGUGAAGAUUUGAAUCCUGAUUUCCCAGCUCCUAGUCCAACACUCUUAAUCACCAUACCACAAAGGAACACAGGAAACUGCCUUAUACCGAGCCUAGCCAUUGGUCAGUCUAGCUCAGUAUGCUGACACUAACUUGAUAGCAGCUCUGCAGGGUUUUAGACAGGAGUCUUAACCAGGCUGGCAGUUGAACCUGAUUCACUUCCCCCCCUCCAGAAUUUAUGAAGCAAACGGAAACAUCAGACCAGGGAACACGAGUGGUUUGGUUAAAGGUAGAAAUAGAAAGCUCUAAACGUGUAAGGUAGCAAGAAAUGAGGAAGCAAAGUUAUUUUCAGCCUGUGAUUUUGACUGUGUAUUUGAAAUCCCUCCAAAUCCCUGAAUUCUAAGUUUACUUGCUCUGUUCUUAACAAGGUCUUGUUGAAUCUCAGUACACCGGGGUUGUCAAACUGGCAUCUACAAAUGUUGGCUGGGCUUACUAGUCAGUCGUUAUUUGUGGUUGUCCUCCAUCCGUUUAGCAUGAGCAGAGGGCUUGAGAGGUGCUAUUUUUUAAUUUGUCCUGAAUAUGUGGAAUAUCUUACAUUCCAUAGCUUCAAACUACAGUGGUACCUCAGGUUGCAUACGCUUCAGGUUACAUACGCUUCAGGUUACAGACUCUGCUAACCCAGAUAUAUUACCUCUGGUUAAGAACUUUGCUUCAGGAUGAGAACAGAAAUCGUGCUCCAGCGGCGUGGCGGCAACAGGAGGCCCCAUUAGCUAAAGUGGUGCUUCAGGUUAAGAACAGUUUCAGGUUAAGAAUGGACCUCCGGAACGAAUUACGUUCUUAACCCGAGGUACCACUGUACAGGGCAUAUGAGGGCUGCAUUUGUGACUAUCCUUUUUGCUCUUGUUGAAUGGAUAUGUAAGAUGCUUGAAUUUUGGCAUUGGGAUUUUUGUUGAUGUUGACAAACUGAAUAAUUUGUCAAGGAGAGAGGUGUGAGAGGCAGGGUGAUAAUGGGGUAGUUAGAUCAGAAACAAAGGUGAAUGUUUAAGAGCUGUAUGAACAUCAUAAAUGUUGUCUAGCACAGGGGUAGGCAACCUAAGGCCCAGUCGCCUUCUCAAUCCGGCCCGUGGACGGUCCGGGAAUCAGCGUGUUUUUACAUGAGUAGAAUGUGUCCUUUUAUUUAAAAUGCAUCUCUGGGUGUUUUGUGGGGCAUAGGAAUUUGUUCAUUCCCCCCCCCCCAUAUAGUCCGGCCCCCCACAAGGUCUGAGGGACAGUGGACCAGCCCACGGCUGAAAAAGGUUGCUGACCUCUUAUCUAGCAUUUUGUCUUCCAGCAGUGGCUACCUGGAUUGUCCUUGGAAGUUCACAAGCUGAUCAAAGCUCCAUUCAUUUAAAUCUCAUAGGUUUCAGUGGAACUUUAGCACAUGCAACUAUAUUAAAGUUGGCAACUUGUAGGCUGAAGUACUGGGAUGCAACAACAAAGCUAAAAACUUAGGGGAUUUUGAGGAAAUCCAGUACUGAGACCAGAUGAUGGAUUGCAUCUGUAACAGGUUCAAGGCUCUCUUGGUGCAGUGGCUUGAGAUUUGUUCUUCAAACAGUCUUGAGAUUUGUUCUUUAAAAUAUAAAUCUGUAUAGAAAUGAAAUUAAUAAUAACAAUAAUGUCCACCACAAAAAAAUCCAACACUACCUAGGCAUUAUACUGUGGUGACUGCAAUGUAGGUUUAAGGUGUCAUUUGGCGAUUAGAUUAUAUAUCUGAGUUUUUAAUACUGCCUGUGGACAAGAUCCAUAGCAUUAUGUUCUCUUGGACCCUGUUCUGCUGCUUAGUGCUCUGGUGGCAUCUCAGCGAUAGCUACAUUUUCCCUUCUUUCUUUGUGAGUCUGCUUUUUUCUUUUUCUUUUUAAGCUCUAUAGUUUUUGUAUAAUUUUAAGAUUGACAUGUUGUAUUUUACAGCAUAGUCCACUGUGAAAAACUUCUUGGUUCUCAGGGGGCUUCUUCAGACUGUUGCGUUCAGCACGGUAGAAAUAAGCCUAGGUGAACCUCAAGUUCCCACAUUUUUCUGGUGUGGUCAUGAGAAGGAGUUUGCAAGCUUUUGCUUCUGUUUUAUGCAGUGGAGGAGCAGAUUAGCUGAAACCUAUUUCUUGGGAACUAGUGCAUUCAUGCUAAGCCAAGGUUUGACUUAACAUGACAUGUGAAUGUAGCCACUGUAGUUAAUAACAUAAGAACACCCUGCUGUGAUGGACCAAUGACCAUCUAGUUCAGCAUCCUCUUUUCACAGUGGCCAACCAGCAAGUACGACCUGAGUCUGUGGAGGCAGAGCAUAUCUAUCCUGGCUAGUAGUCACUGAUACAGCCUUUUCCUCUAUGAAUUUGAAGGCAUGGAUGAUUUUCAUUCUGGUGAAUAAGAACGCCCCUGGGGCCUGAGCUAUGUAUUGUGAGGCUUACAGCUCAAUCCUGUGUAGAAUGAAACAUGCUUAAGGCAAAGUCAAUGGACUUGAGAUUGUAGGAUCAGCUGUUAGCACAGCAGCAGGAGAUGGAGUUGUGAAAAGGAGGUUGCAUUACAGCAGCUGAGUUAGGCUGCCAGAAAACUUGAAGUGGAUUACUUGAGUGGAGGGGAAACUAGUAGCCUUUUAGCUUGAUGCUGAAAGCAGAUUCCUGCUAUUCUCUUCUCUGGCAAAAAUGAAGCCCUUUGUUGAUGAAGUGGAUGAACAGAAUGAAGAGCUCAUCUAUGUCAAGAGAGUUUGAUUGGGAGAAGUAUCAUUGUGAAGAGCUGCUGGGCAGGAGUUGGGAAAAACUCAGGAUUUUUGGGAAAAGGGAGUUUAUGCUCUGUGUUCUCUAGUUAUGUAUGGACUAUUUGCUACUGAGCUGGGGCAAUGUUUAAUUUCUAAAAAGAGAUAUGCAGCAACUUGGAUUUGUGGAAAAUUAAUUAUUUGUAUCCUCUUUAAUUUCUUCGUGGGAAGGGGAGGGCAGAUUGCACUUCCUCAAUGGCAGGAGAAAAACACAUUGUGUGUGCUCGGGCAUGUUCCCAUGCUCUUCCUGACUGAUAGAAAUAGUUGUUGACAACACAGUUUGUUGACUGGUGGUUUCAGUAAUUCUUUAAGUAAACUUGAAACUUUGCCGAUGUGGCUGGGACUCUUAAUUUAGCUAGAAUUGCCAUCACUUAUCACUGUAGCAGUUUUCUUUCCUGAAAGGAAAAGUGGAACGUUUCCUUAACUUAGUUCUGAUGUUGUAAUCUGUGGUGUGCUAACUGCACAAUAAUAGCAGUAUUUCUCUUGUAAUAUUAUACUUUGGCCAAAAUUAAUUAGCCUUUGAGUGUUGUAGCUGAAGAUGAGAUUACUAAUAAACUCAGUGAACCCUUUAUUAAUUUUUACUACGGCCGUACCUUGGAUCCCAAACGCCUUGUAAGCCAAACGUUUUGGCUCCCAAACGCUGCAAACCCGGAAGUGAGUGUUCCGGUUUGCGAAUGUUCUUUGGAAUGUCUGACGCGGCUUCUGGUGCUUGCAAUUGGCUGCAGGAGCUUCUUGGUUUCCGAACAUUUUGGAAGUCUAACGGACUUCCAGAACGGAUUCCGUUCAGCCUCUGAGGUACCACUGUAUAUUUGUUUCUUCUUACCUAGAAGUAAAUAUUAGAAUAGUUAUAAGCUGAAUAGUUCUAUAAUACGGUUGACGAAUAUCCAUUUUUCCUUACAGCUACUGCAAACCAUUAAGUAUCUCUUUUGUAUGCAGUCUUUGGCAUAUUUACCCAUGUUGUGUUUUUUCUUAAAAAUUGUUCCCGUUUAAAAUUACCAUUCUAAUGGGAGGGAGGUGCCAUUUUGCAAAAGAAAAAAAUCAUUCUUGAUAACAGUAUUUAACAAUUUUUAUACUUUAUUCUAGGGGUUCAUCAAAGAUGUUCAUGAGGAUUCACUCACAGUUGUGUUUGAAAAUAAGUACGUACUAUGUUGAAAAAUAUUACUCCCUUUAUUUAGAUACAUGAUGUGCCAUCCCCCAGAAAUGCAUAACACAUAGUUCACUAUGGAGACAAAGCGCAGGAACUUGACUACAAAUACAGUUGAAUGUAAAAUAGAAAGAACACACUUAAAUGUUGUUGCUAAGUUCUUGGAGCCACAGUAGUCCUGUAGUCUUGGCAACUAUAGUAAAUUGAAACGGGUUUAAAUAGAAAUACAGCUGAUCUUACUGUGUUGACAAUGGGGAGGCUGGUAAAUAGCCACUCUGUUGGCUGCCUCCCUGUGACUUAAGGCAGAGAUCCUUCUAUAAAUUAGAAGAGAACAUUUCCCUCUCCUCUCUGGCUGUCACUGUCCUGGUUUAGGUGAUUGGGAGCAAACUGCAACAAGUCUCAGUCUUGUGUUCUUCCUUUCCCCACGACCCUAAUACUUGAGAGAGACCUUCCACUUUCAUUUUAGAACAAAUUACAAUGCUGAAUAUCUACAGUGAGGGGAAAAAGUAUUUGAUCCCCUGCUAAAUUUGUCCAUUUGCCCCCUCACUGUAUAUACCACAGAAGUGUUGUUUGUUUAAACCAGGGUAAAACUGAUAUUGGAACCUAUUUUUUUGGCCAACCUUGGUAAGAACAAACCACAGUUCCCAGCAUUCAUAUGUAAUAUGGAACUCUAGUUUAUUCUAAAGUGAAAGCAGAAAUGUUUGCUCUCUUCUCAUCUGCAAAGGAUGAGAGAGUGGGAGAGCGCAUAAAGCCAAGGCUCACCACAGCUUGCUCAUAAUCAUUUGCAUCAUAGUUUAGGAUAGAGAGUACCAUUUGAGCCACGGAUGGUUAAUAUAAGUGUGUGUUGUUAAGCAAUCUAACAAAAAUGUUGUUGGCUUUUGAAUAUUGAGGUUCUCUGUUUAAUAUUAGUGUGGACAGUAUUCUAUUUGUGUCCAAUAUUAGUAUUUAAAUAAUCAAUUUAAAAUUACAACUGUGAACCAGGGUUACCUUUUCUUACUGACCGUGACGUAAUUUGAAACUUUCAGCUGGCAACCAGAACGCCAAGUUCCCUUCAUUGAAGUAAGAUUACCACCACCACUUGAUAUCAAGAAAGAAAUUGGUGAAGGAGAUGAAGUGGAGGUGAGUUCAUCCAGUGAUGGGCCGUGACUUGUAUUUUUAGAGGUACUGUUGGUCAAGUUAGACCCUUAAUUCCAAUUAUGUCAAAAUGAAUGGAAUUUUCACAGCAAUGCUUGGUCACUUGUGCCAUGGCUAUAAAUUAAAGAAGUCCCCUCUUUCCAGUAGCUACACAGCUGUCGGGAGUCAGUCUGCAUGUUGUUAUUACCAAGUAGAAUGUAUUCUUCAUGAAAGCUAUGUAACAUACUUUUUGGGAAGACCAUGUAUAGUGAGGACAAACAAGUUCUGAAUUAGAUACACAGGACACAACUCUCAAAUCCAACAGCAAGGUGCAUUUAUUCCUCUAGGAGGCACUGCAUUGUCACCAAAGAAGGGAGGAGGAUUCAGGGCUUCCUCUUGUUGCCAUGGUUGGUGGAUCUGUUUCUGUUCUGUGUCAUGCUUGUUUAUGCCUCAAAUUUGUCAUCACAUAAUGACAAAUAUGAAGAAACAGAAACUGAUUGCGAUAGUUCAGAAAAUGAAACUGAUCCUAUGAAUACUGCAUUAAAUUUAGUCUCCCCUCCAACCCUUUUCUCAGCUAUUCUUAUGGCUCAUAGACAUGGAACCACAGAAUUGUAGAGUAGGAAGUCCAGUCUCCUGCAAUGCAGGAAUCUCAACAUGCGGUCCCCCAUCCAAUUUGAAACCAUUCUUUGUUUCAACAUGACACGGUUUUGUGUCUGCAUGACAAUGUAGAGAACUGAGGAGAUGCAGUGAUUUUGAGAAUUUAAUAAUUUUCUUUGUUUUACUCAUAAACUGACAAUACCAAAGAGAUGCUAGGUUCCUUACAGUUCAGUAGUUUGUAGCUCCAAUUGUAACACAUUUUAAAAAGUAAAUUCAGUUUGUAAUUAAUGUUUGACUAAACUCUACUUCCAACAUAACAAAUAUGGUAUUUUACGAUAAAGUCAUACACAAUACAUUUUAUGUUCCUAAAGUAAAAAAGUUGCUUUUGAUGUGUAAAUGCUGCUUUAAAAAUAAAUACUGGGUAUUUUUCAGUUUCCCCCAAAAUUUGUGUUUCCUCUGAAAAAAAACUAUCUCCUCCCCCCGCCUGGCAUGACUUCAAAAUUUCUGGAAAUUUUACAUCUUUACCUAUUUCCAAAGAUGAAUUGGACACCAGUAGAAAAUUGUUGCCAGCAGAUUAUGCCAAGCUCUUUAUCCAUCUGCCCCCAUUUUGUAAUUGGCUUCAUCCCUGUGCUGCCAUUUUGUGAUUGAUAGGCCUAUACAAUUUUCAGCCGUGUCAUUUGAGCCUUGCGAGUAGAAUGUUUGAGAACCAUUGCUCUGUUUUAUAUAAAGAUAUGAAGACAGACAAGAUUAUCUUAAAUUUUAUAUUAAGGGAAAGAAUUUACUUUUACAAUAGUUUAUGCCUGUAUUUGUAUUGAUACUUGUAAUUCUGGUGUACACAGAAAAAGAAAAUCCAGCUUUCAGUAGCCAUGAUUUUGUUGGCUGUCCACAAACAUCAUUGAAAUGAAUCUGGGUAGUGCUAGUUUGUGAAGAUUGAAAGAUAUUCUAAUCAAUAUGGUUUAAAUAUGCUGUAUGAUUCUCCCCCCAGGUGUAUUCACGAGCGAAUGAGCAAGAGCCUUGUGGAUGGUGGCUAGCAAAAGUUCGAAUGAUGAAAGGGGAGGUAAGUAGGAGUAAAACUUGGGAAUUGUAAGCAAACUUCAUGAGGAAACAUCUAAAGAAAGCAUUAAACCUAAGAAAGUUUUAAACCUCUGUGUAGGACGUUAUAAACAAGAGCACUCCAAAAAAUAAACUACGGUAUGCAAGUCUAGUAACCUAUUUACAUGCACUCCCCAAAAUGGAUGGGAUUGGGUAUUCUUAUUUAAAUUUGCUGAAAGUUUUGCUUCCUGAGAGUGGUGGAAUGGCAAAGGCAAAGAGGAUGAUUCAAAUAUUUAUCAUGCUAACUAUUUAGUGCUCUUUGGGUUGCGUCCAGCUAAGUCAUACUCGAGAGAAGACCUAUUGAAAACAAUGGAUUUGUUACUUUUAAGUCCAUGGGUUUCAGUGAACCUGCUCUGAGUAUGCCUUAGUUGAAUGCAGCCCUCUAACUCAGAGGUUUUCAAUCUUUUUGAGACCACGGCUCCCUUAACCAACUACAUUCUUUCUGCGGCACCCCUGUGAGGCGCAGGAGCUCAGUUACGUCCCCCUUUGCCUGCAGAGCUGGCAGCCUCUUACCCUUUUUUGAACACCCUCCCUUGUGGAGUGUUCCCUCAGCCUCCUCUCCUUCCCCCUCUGCUUGGGAGUCCUCUGGGCAGCUGUUGCUACCGACCCUGGUCUCUGAGCUGCCCCACCCCCUGCCCCAAAGAGGUGUGCCUCCCAGAGGCACCAUUUGCCUGCACAGCUUACAGCCAGGGCUGCUGCAAUAGCCAGCUGUGCAAACCCUAGGGAAGCAGAGAUGCAAGAGGGCAUCAGAGGAGGGAGAGAAGGAAAGAGCGAAAGAGUCCAGUGUUGCCCUGAGCAUCAUUCAAGGCACCCCAGGGUACUCUGUUUUCCAUAACAGUUCAUUUCCCAAUGUUACACCUUUUUGUUCCUAUAACACAGUCUUUGUCAACCUGGUGCGUUUAAGAUGUUUUGGACUACAACAGCUGUGCUGACUGCGGCUGAUGGGGGUUGUAGUUCAAAAACAUCUGGAAGAUACCAGGUUGACAAAGGUGGAAAAUGCAUUUUGCUUCCUUAUAUUUAGGGCUUCAAAAACCCCAUGCUCCUGUUUCUCAUGUAGUAUAAAGGCUGAGUUUUACACUACGAUUGGUGAGACCUGGAUUCAAAUCCCCCCCCCCAUAUCAAGGAAGCCCAUUGGACGACUUUCGUCCAGCUGCACACUUUAGCCCAACUUAAACCUUAUUGUUGAUGUAUGCCACCCUUACAUUGGAGGGCUGUGAUAAAAUGCAGUAUAUCAACAAAGCUGAGGCAUGUGUUUUUUGAGGAUGAUACACUAUGGAGAUGAUAAACUGCUAUGAGUAUUUCUGCAUAUUUUUGGGUCAAAUAAUUUUAGAGGUCUUCGGGGGGGCAAAUGUGUGCCCUUUAGAUUGUUUUUUUUAAAAAUAAUUCUAAUCUGUCCUUAGUUCUACGUCAUUGAGUAUGCUGCCUGUGAUGCCACUUACAAUGAAAUAGUGACAUUCGAACGACUUCGGCCUGUGAAUCAAAACAAACCUGUUAACAAGAACACAUUCUUCAAGUGUGCAGUAGAAGUUCCUGAAGAUCUAAGAGAAGCGUGAGUGACUACUCUAAAAUUUCAUUAUAUUGCUAUCUUUUAUCUAAAAAUUGGUUUUCUUUUAAACAACUUAAAGCUGCUUUUUUUUUAAAUAAAAAAAAUCAUCUGAAGUCUUGGACAGAUGAAAGAUGGAGUACACAGUUACCUGGGAAUAGUUCCCAUUAUACUCAGUAGGAUUUACCUCCAAGUAGACAUGCAUUAGAUGACGCUGUGACUCUGUUUUACUGAAUCUUCAAGAAAGACAGAUGGAUAGGAAGGCCUAGACAUGCAGCAGGAUUUUCUCAGUACAGGCAUACCUCAGAGAUCGUGGGUUUGGUUCAGACCACCGCAAUAAAACGAGUCACACAAUUUGUUUGGUUUCCCAGUGCAUAUAAAAGUUAUGUUUACACUAUGGUCUAUUAAGCCAGGCCCCCCUGACUGCAGGGCAGGAGGGGGAAAACCUGGCUCCAGCCCUAGCCAGCUCCACUCUUGUGGCCAGAAGGGUGGCAGCAGUUGGGGGGCUUCUUUCCCCUGGAUGUGGCCAGGCUGCCUGCAGCUGCACCUGUGUCCUCUUAAGGAGCAAUAUCUGUGAAGUGCAAUAGAGCGAUGUAUGCCUGUAGCAGGGAGAAGUGGGUGAGAAAUUCAAAGGCCAUAGACUAGAUUUUUAUUGUGGCAGAAAACAGAAAUUGCUGAGAGGCAUGAAGAGGAAGAAAUAGGAAGGGACCCUAGCAACAGGCGACUGGGUUUCAAGUAGGAGUUUCAUUUUUUAUUAAUGGUCAUUAGUUUGGUGGGUAAAGAUGGAUCACCAGUCUUACAAGCUUCAGCAUUCAAGGAAGAGGAAAUUAACAUAACAGGAAUAUCACCAUCUCUGGGUCCUGCACUCACUUGUACAAAGGUAUUGGAUUUUUUUUUCAUGCUUUUGAAUGCUUUGCCUCGAGUAUUGCAGUUUUAUACAGCAGCAUGUUUUGUUGAUAAAACUGCCACCUGAAUAAAUUUAUAAAUUGAUUUUUCUAGGUGUGCUAAUGAAAGUGCCCAUAAGGAUUUUAAGAAAGCUGUAGGAGCCUGCAGAAUUUUUUACCAGGCUGAAACUGCUCAGCUAAUAGUACUGGUAAGGUAUAUUUUCUGUUUGGUUUGAUCACUGUGUGAGUUUACUUUUUGGCUAAUGUUACGAUUGUGUAUGAGGGAGAAAAAAAAGAUUGAAGACUGAAGGUUAUCUCCAGCUUUGUAUUCAGAGUAGGUCCAUUGAAAUCAAUGCCUAUUGUUUCAAAUGAGUCUGUUCUAAGCACAGCUUAGUUCUCCAGUAACCUUAGUAACCUUGUUACUUGGGUAUAUUGAGAAGCUUUCUGCUUGUGAGUGAGAAAUUUGCUUUAGAGAUUCCAGGGUAGAAAGUUGUGGGCAGAACCAGUAGGCAGAGGAUCUCAUGCAAGCUAAUGCCCAGGCUUUACUAUUUUGCCUUUGACACUUCUGUGUAUAUUGCAAUACAAGUCAGCUGGGUCAGGCUGAAGGGUGCGUGUGCCAAGAUACCUUGCAUAACUUUGUGUACACCCCCAUCCACAUUUCCUGCCGCAGCUGAUGCAUCUGUAUGGGCAUUGCUUUCUGCCGAUAGUAGGUCAGGCUAUCCCAAACAAUAUCCAUCGCACCAUUUUGAUCCAGUGAUGAAAAUAAAUGUUUGCUGACCUUGUUUCAAAAACCAAAAACAACAAGCAUUCAUUGAUGUUCUUCUGAGUAACGGAAGAACUUCUGUCACAUUUUUCCAAAACAUGCAGUUGUAACAAGGAAUUGUUAAAUAAAAUGAGGGCUCUCUAGCUAUAAAUUGCCUCGUAAAGUGGAAAUGCUGUUUGUAUCAUUGUUACUUUAUUUCUACAGUCUGCCAGUGAGGCAACAGUGAAAAGAGUAAAUAUCCUGAGUGACAUGCAUUUGCGCAGCAUUCGAACGAAGAUAAUGCUUAUGUCAAGAAAUGAAGAAGCAACAAAACAUCUAGAAGUGAGUUGUCCUCAUACUGGCUCCCCCCCCCCCCCCAUUUCAACCUCCCUUCUCAAUUCCAGUCUUGAUGUAGCUGUUCUCAUAUUUGAAGUUCUGCUGUUGUAAACAAAUUAUUUUGCCUCCUCCCUAGUGCACAAAACAGCUUGCAGCAGCAUUUCAUGAGGAAUUUGUUGUCAGAGAAGAUUUAAUGGGACUUGCAAUAGGAACACAUGGUAGUAAUAUACAGCAAGCCAGGAAGGUUCCAGGAGUUACUGCAAUUGAGCUUGAGGAAGAUACCGGAACUUUCAGGAUCUAUGGAGAGGUAAAAGGAAACAAGGGGUUUCUUACCUUUGUAGUUGUGUGGCGUUCUUUUUCUUUACUUGCCCUAGUGGUCUGAAUUUGGCAUGAGCCUGCAACUAUAUCAGCCUGCCUCAAACUGCAAUAGAUGCCUCCCUCCGGUGUCCAAGGAUCAGGGAGCUUGGUAGAGACCUUUUCCAUUGUGGCCCCAAAGGCUGUGAAACUCCCUGCAGUGGAUCUGCAGCAGGCUGCCAAACUAUAGUCGUUUUGGAAGGCUAACAUACCUUUUCCAAGUGACUGAUUCUUGAAUUAAGUUUUAUUGGUUAGACUGGGUUGCUGUUGCUGUGGAAAAACGUUUUAAUGAGUUGGCCAAGUAUGCUUUUUAUUGGAUUUUAUUGGUAUGUAUGGGAGGUGUUUUUAGGUUUUUGUUGAUAUUUUGUAAUUUUCUUGUUAGCUACCUUAAGAGACAUGGAACUAUUUUAAAAUAAAAUAAAUAAAAAUGAGAUGAGCACAAGAUUCCAAAAAUUCCAUAGCCUUUUUAAGGACACCGUGCAUUUGCUAGAAGGGAAUGCUUCAUAGUAGCUGUUCCCAAUUAGCUAAGUAUUGAGGACACCCUGUUUUUUAAAAGCCAAGCUAUGGACCUUUUGAAAAACUUUCUAUCCCUGUGUUUGAAAAUAACCUGGGUGGGUUGUCUGAACCUCCUAGGGUUCAAGGAACUCCCAGUCAGGAACCGCUGCUGUAUAGAAGGUUGUUUUUACUUGUGUCUGAAUGGAAGUUUAUAUGAUGAAACUCGUAGUCACUGCUUUAUUUUCACUUGCACUGAAGCUUUCCUGUAGUAUUUUGCAUGUAUUUAUACCCCUUUCUGUGCACUUAAACACUGUCUCUUGUGAUUGACCUUGUUGUAAAUUCCUUUAGAAAUCACGGUGCUUAAAGGUAUAUAAAUUGUUGAAAACGUUUGGUUAUUAGAGAUAGGAGUAGAGAAGCAUGAGGCUACUUGAAGAAAACAGAGAAAUAACAGAGUUUAAAAUAAAAAUAGUACAGAAAUUUCCCCAAAUCUCCUUGUAUUUUAGGCCACUAGACUCCAAUCACACAGUUCGUAAUCUCACAGUUAAUAAUAUGAAUGUGUAUAUUUCUUUAGCAUUUGUAAGUUGCAAAUGAGAUUUUAUGUACCUAUCUCCUGUCUUAUAUUUAAAUGUUAAUUGCCUGAAGGAGUUUUAACUGUUGGAAGGGGUUUUAAUUUUUAAUAUAUUGUGUUUACAAAUGGCUUCUGUUCUUUUCCAGAGUGCUGAGGCAGUAAAAAAGGCUAGAAGCUAUUUGGAAUUUGUGGAGGACUUUAUUCAGGUUCCUAGGAGUCUUGUGGGUAUGUAAUAGUAAUAAACCUUUUAACAUCCUUGAAUACCCUCCCCCUGCCUAUUCAGUAUGAAAAUGUUGAUGUCUCCUCACUCUUUCAUGGCACAUCUGAACUACUAUUUUGGUGGCUGAUACAGUGGAGUAUAUAUAGAGAACAGCUCUGCACUAACAAAUGGAGUAUUCUGGAUUAUGGUUAGAGGAGCAUGGGAAGGCUAUUUCCUUGGAAGAGGAAGCAGGAAAUUGAAGGAGAUGUUAUCCAGGGGAACUGAGUCCAAAUAGAUUCCCUACCCUCAGUUAAUUUCUUUCGGGCUGGAAAGCAAGAGUAGGCAAUCCUUCCCCUCAAUUGUGCCUCUUCAGCCUACUCUUUUUGCUUCAAUUAUUGCCUUUCAUUUUUCUUAAUUUCUUCCUCUUUUUGCCAAAGGAGCUAAGAAGCCUCAAGUGACUCAGUUCAUUAUCUCCUUGCAGAGGCAGUGAUCAAGUGCAGCUCCACUCCUCUCUCCUGAGAGAGAAAUUUUAAGCAGAUGAUACCUAUUGCUGCUCCACACUAUGGUCGCUUCCUGGGCUCAUUCAUCUGCCUGCCAUCCUUGGUGUAUUGGUCAUGAUACCGAGGGAGAAUAUAAAUAUUUUCUCCCUUUGUCUCCUCAUGACCAAGUUCUCGUUUAGCUGCUGCCUGGGACUCAUUCACUCUUCUUCCCUACCACCUGAGGACAAUGCCUACUGAUAACUUGAAGCAUUGUAGUCUUGCCCCACAGGGUCAGUGUAAGGUACAACCAUUGUUCUGCUAGACAUGGAGUAGGCUCUAGUAGAAAGUGACAUGGGACUGGAGUGAUGCUGCUCUAAUCCUGCACAUCAGAUGUUGAGAGAAAAGGUGUGUUUUUCCUACAUGGUGAAACUUCAUUUUGAGUAAGACUGAACAUUUGUUCUCACUGUUUCUGAUUCCAUAUGCCAUGGGUUUUGGAUCAGUUCAUUGUUCAUUGACCUUUUAACUUUUCAUCUUCCUCCUGUUAAGAAUUGUGUGUCCCAAGUAAUUGCUGUUCCAGAUUAGGGGAAGGGAGCUCUCUUCUUUGGGUAACAUCAACUUCUGCCUUGUAGUCUUGAGAAAGUGGACUUCAGUUUUUUGGAAUGUGCCUCUCAUACCCGGAAAAGAGACAUGACUUGUUAAGGCAAAAUAUCCUCUUUUUCUUCCAUAUUCCUAAAUAGUAAUCAGUAGUCAGAUCUGAGUGUUUGCUUUAUUAUAAACACGUUACAACAAUCUUCUGAAAUUCCCUAACAGAGAGAAACAUGGAAUAACCUCAUUGUUAAAAAAUGUGUACAGUGGUACCUCUGGAUGCGAACAGGAUCCGUUCCAGAGCCCCGUUCGCAUCCUGAAGCGAAUGUAACACGUGCGUGUGCGGGUCACAUUUUGCCGCUUCCACACAUUCCACACAGACAUUUUGAGCGUCUGCGCAUGUGCGAGCGGCAAAACCCGGAAGUAAUGUGUUCUGUUACUUCCGGGUCACCGCGGAGCAAAACCCGAAAAUGCUUCACCUGAAGUGUAUUCAUCCUGAGGUAUGACUGUAUUGUGUUUUUAAUGAACCCAUUUAUAAAUAACUUUUAUAUUAAUUAUUUUGAGAUUGUAAAGGGAUUUUUUUUGUUCUCAGCCUUUCAGCUACUUUUAUUAAUAGAUUGCUUGAGAAAUACUUGAGAAAUCUCAAAAUUUUUUAUUUUUUUAUUAAAGGAAAAGUUAUUGGCAAAAAUGGCAAAGUUAUUCAGGAAAUUGUGGACAAGUCUGGAGUUGUGCGAGUGAGGAUUGAAGGAGACAAUGAGAACAAACUGCCCAGAGAAGAUGUAAGAUUUAUCUUAUUUGGAAUUUGUAAUACAUCCAAGGGGUGGCAGGGGUGGAUAAAUUGUAGUGGUAGAAUGAUAGAAAAACCACUGCAUUAGAUUAUUCUUUCUGCCUAGUGUCUGAUGGACGUGUCACUCACAAAUGCUACUACAUUGGCAGUAGGAACACAGGAAGCUGCCUACACAGAGUCAGAUCGUUAAUCCAUCUAGUGCAAUAUUGUUUAUGAUGACUGGCAGUUGGCAGUAGCUUUCCUGGGUUUCAGACGGGUCUCUCUGGGACUGUCUGCAUGUAAAGUAGUUUCUCUUCCAUGAGUUGCAGCCUUUCCCCUUAGGGGUGCCAUUUGAAAGGUCAAAAUGUUUAGUGGUGCCAUUUGUGGGUUUUGCCAACUGCUAUCUAACACCCUUUUGGUUAUUUCAAGCUAAGGUUGUCUUGGCUUCAGACUUUGGCUCUGAAUAUUUAGGUUAUCAUUCUAACUGCAGUUCAGCUUUCUUCUUUGAAGAUGUCAAUACUAAAAAAGUUGGGUAGUGUGAUAAUUUGCUGUGUUUAUGUGGGGAUGCUCCCUACACCUAUCCCCUUUAUCCACUGAGAGAAGGCCCACAGGUAGACUGAAUCCAUGGUAUAGAAAGUUGUAGAAAUUCCCAUUAAAAAUAAAAACAGGCUGCAACCUAGUGCAUGGUUACACUUGUGUAACUGUACGCUGGGUUGUAGGCAUUAUUUGCUUGUGACUCUCUUUGUGCUUCAACAAUAUUACAUUUUAUCUUUGUAGGGAAUGGUUCCGUUUGUCUUUGUGGGUACUAAAGAAAGCAUUGGGAAUGUCCAAGUGCUUCUUGAAUACCAUAUUGCCUAUUUGAAGGUAAGCAUUCUUUGUGGGAAAGACAGCAGUUUCAGUAUCAUGGAAAUGCACAAUAGUAUGACUUGUGAAGGUGAUCAGUAUUGGAUCCGGAAACACAGAAGAUAGCAAACAGCAUACACCAAAUGCUCUGAAAGCAAUGUGGAUGAAAGUUGUCUCAAAAUCAUGGUAUUUUUCAGUGCAUCAUAACAUGUUGAUUUUCGGUGGGUCUUUCAGUCUACAUCUCAAAGCAUUACUGCCCUGAGAGCACUGUGCAUUGAAUAAUCCUAAUUGAAUUUUAGGACUAAAAGAGCUGUUUGCUGCUUUGAAUAUUGUUACAAUAGAAAUAGGGGGUGUAAGUGUUAAAAAAUACAUUUUUUUAAAGAAGCAAAACAGUGGACUUGCUUACAUUUAGUGUAACUGUCCAUGCAGGAGGUGGAACAGCUGCGGAUGGAGAGGCUCCAGAUUGAUGAGCAGCUACGUCAGAUUGGCAUGGGGUUCAGACCUUCAUCUACCAGAGGUCCUGAAAAGGAAAAGGGUUAUACCACAGAUGAGAACAACCCUUCCUCUGUACAAGGCUCCAGAUCCUAUAGUGGAAGAGGUAGGGGACGGAGAGGCCCCAAUUACACCUCUGGCUAUGGUAAGUUACGCUUAAAGAUCAGUUUUGAAAGUCACAGGUUCAGUCCCCGGCAUCACCUACCUGACACUCUGGAAAGGCACUGCCAGUCAAGAGUAGACAGUGCAGGAAUUUGCUUCGAAUAGACUUUGAUUAGAUACCAAAUUUUGAUCUGGAAGCUCAUAUAAUUCUUCCCUUACAAGCAUUUCAAAGAAUAAUUUCACACAAGUGUUUAAAGCAGGAAUAAGAUAAAUUUCUUUUGUGGUAGAGAUGAAAGGUAGAGGGGGUGACCUUUCAGCCUAGGACCUCAUACUCUCCAGCUCAUUUCUCACACGUUUGGUGCUUCAGAUCCAGGAGAAUCUAGUUUUCACUGCUUAAUUUUCUAAUUUAGUUAGGUGCGUUCAAUAAUGAGCAAUGUUUGGCUCCUAGGCAGCCCAUUGUGAAAUUUGGCCUGCCUUGUUUCUGUCAGCAACAGUGAAUAGUGUUCAAUUAGCCUGAUAGACGAAUUUCAGUAAUUUAUCAGUAUUAUUCAGUAUUUAUCAGUAAUAGUGGUCUCAAGGUUCUAUACUCCCAUCUGUGAAUUAAAUUGGUCUCAUGAAAGGUCACAUGCAUAUCACUAAAAGGUGAUUGCACACACAACCCCAUUAACUAUGUUCAAUAUUGGUAGACCUUCUUGAACCCAUAUGAAUGUUUGAGCUUUAUGAAACUCAAUGAAAUCUUAAGAAUUUGGGGCCUAAAGUUCUCCUUCACUGGGUUAGAUUGACCAAUGGUCUAACUCAAUAUAAAACAGCUUCCUUUAUUCCUCUUGAGUCCCAUCAUCUGCAGUAUGGGAAACCAUAAUGCUGCUUAACUGGCAGGGCUGUUGUGAGGAAUACAACUAGAAAAUUAUAAAAACGUAGUGGAGGCCAAGCUGUGAAUGGUGGACAUGCUGUGCUUUGAAUUUUAUUACCAGUGUUUGAUAGCUUUUAAAAGAUUUUGACACUUUAAGAAAUCCACAGUUGUCACUUAACUUGGAAAUCAAGAGCAUCAAAAAUAAAUUACUGAAUGUGAACUUCAGAAAUAGUCUUUUCUGUUUGGCAGCAUCCUUUCAUACUUGUUUCUGCAAACAUUAACAAAAAAUGGGUAUACAGAAGCCCAACUAUAGCUGAAGGGUCUGUAGUGUGUAUUCAGGCUUGUUGUCCACCUUGGUCUAAAUUGAUCAGAUCUUUCAAAUAUGUCAUUUAGUGUUAGCUACAGCAAAAUAAUAAUCUCCUAACAAACAAAUGGGUUGCCUGAUGAGGUACUGUAUAGUUGUUCCAAUGAGUGCGUCAUUUUACUGUUACUUUAUAUGUGGUAAUGUGAUACGUAAAUUCAUGUUUAGAGUGUUGUUUUCAUGCCAGGCUCCACAUACAUGUUUCUACGUUGCUUGUGAAAAGAGGUGGCAGCAUGUUCAGAAUCUUGGACCUCUGUAUGCACCGUGGACAAAGUUUUCAGCAGCCAGCCCUUCGUGUUUCUGCUUAGUGGGAUGCUUGGGAAUAAUAGGCAUGUUUGGAAGUAGAGGCUUCCAUUUUUGUUGUUUUGUUUGCCACCACUUCAAGAGGUUUGGAGGUCUCUUUUUAAGCCUUUAUAGUUGUCACAUAUUGACAGCCCAAGUUCUAAUGGGAAAUCCUGCCCUCCUUGUUUACAUGUUUUGAUUGGAAUUAGUAAUAUUGCAAUUGUCCAUUAUAUAAUGGCAUCAUAUUGUAUGUUUCCAUGGGAACAUCUUUUAUCCCUCCCUGCCAUGUUGUUUCAUAACUGAGCACUGUGGGCUAUUAAUAACCCAAGACCAUCAGCAGUAGGGUUUUAGACUGACUGAAAGACUUUUUGUUUGUGUUGGCAAGGUGUUCUUUGAUUGAGAUGUAUGAAUGUUACAAGAGUAAAAGUAGUAGUUUAGGUGUUCAGUUAGCGCUGCAUCCUGUGUGGUGUAGUGGUUAAGAGCGGUAGUCUCGUAAUCUGGGGAACCGGGUUUGAGUCUCCGCUCCUCCACAUGCAGCUGCUGGGUGACCUUGGGCCAGUCACACUUCUUUGAAGUCUCUCAGCCCCACUCACCUCACAGAGUGUUUGUUGUGUGGGAGGAAGGGAAAGGAGAAUGUUAGCUGCUUUGAGACUCCUUAAAGGGAGUGAAAGGCGGGAUAUCAAAUCCAAACUCCUCCUCCUCCUCUUCUUCUUCUUCUUCUUCUUCUUCUUCUUCUUCUUCUGUGGCAAUUAGAUAAAUUACAUGGAAAUUGUGUUGAAGCUAAGGUGAAAUGGUAGCAUCCGCAAUUACAUACAUAAGAAGCCCCUUUCAGAUCCACUCUGAUAUGGUUCCCAUUAGUGAUCAUUUAUUCUGUUUUGUGUGUAUGAAUGAAGUUUUUCUACUAAUAUUCAGUAUUAGACUGUGCAGAAAUAGGUUUACUUCACAUGCUAUGCAUCCACCUUGGCAUCUAGUUUGUGCUGCAGAAUUCAAUUUCUCAUCUAAUCUGUCAAGUCAGUUUUUUGUACUGAGUUCUGUUAUGUGUUUCAGACACUGGUGCACUGGCCUUACGUUGUGCAUUCUUCUGGGAAUGGUACUUUUCUUCUUGUAGAGCAAACGUUUACCCCUAAAAGUUGUGCCUCAGAAAAUUGCAUGUAUCUCAGCUUUCUUUGCUAGUGGCAUUCUUCUGCUAAAAUUCAAAAUGGUACUAGAACAGUACCUGAUUAUCACCUCUCCCUCUCAUUUAUUGUAAAGGAACAAAUUCUGAGCUGUCUAAUCCCUCUGAAACAGAAUCGGAAAGGAAAGAUGAACUGAGUGAUUGGUCAUUAGCAGGAGAUGAUGACAGGGAGAGUCGACACCAACGUGACAGCAGAAGGCGUCCACCAGGGGGAAGAGGGCGCAGUGUUUCUGGAGGUCGUGGACGUGGUGGUCCCCGAGGUGGGAAGUCCUCUAUAAGUUCUGGUAUGUAUUUGAGAGGCGUAUUUUGUGUGUUGUGAUUGCACUGAACUACUUCCCUCUUAAUUGAUGAUGGUUGAUUUUUAAUAUUUUAAAGUUAAAAUAUGAGAUGAAACGUGCUCUUACUGGUUUUGUCAUUUCCUUUAAGUGCUGAAAGACCCAGACAGCAACCCUUACAGUUUACUUGAUAACACAGAGUCUGACCAGACUGCAGACACAGACGCAAGUGAAUCACACCACAGCACUAACCGGCGUAGGCGAUCUCGUAGACGAAGAACUGAUGAGGAUGCUGUCUUAAUGGAUGGGAUGACAGAAUCUGACACAGCAUCUGUUAAUGAAAAUGGCUUAGGUAUGUAAAUAGUCUUAUCAGCGCUGUCUAACUAAAAAAAAUAUAAUAGUCACUCUUCAUUUUCUUAACUAGCAUUUUAUUCUACUUGUUUCCUUGUGGUUCAAAAGUGUGUCCUCAUCUGUUGUAGUAUUAAAAGAUUUUAGCUCUAUAUUGGACUGGAAUAUUUUGGACCAAAUAAUCGGAAAGGCUGACUUUCAUUUGAUUGUUGUCUUAGAGAUGCCUUCUGAUAUCUACGUCAUAUUUAGGGUUUUGCAACCAUAUCUCUGCUACCCUGUUACCAUAUAUGCAUCCAGUCCAAUUUUAGCCUUAGUCCAUAGUAAUGGGAUAGCAGGGCAUACAUUGAACUCAUUCAUAAGGCUUCAGUCCAUGUAGAUAUCUGCUAUCGACUUGGUGGGAAAGUCAGAGGAGCCAGGCCUUAAUUUCACAUUUGUUUACUUCUCAAGAAUUAGAGUCCCCUUUGCCUUCUCUAGGUCUUAAGUAGUUUUAUUGCUGAAUUUGCUAAAUGAACUUUGGGAAGAAGGAAAUUGAGGCCAGGAGAAGAGUCCCCAUUUCUUGCUCCUCUAAGGCUGUGAUUCAAAACAUACUUAAAAAUAAGUAGGGCUUCCGUGUAUGUGAUUUCAGGUCUAGGGUUUAUUUUCAGUGUCUAAGAAUAGCCAUUUACAGUUUAAGCAAAUCACACCAAGGAAAAAAUCUUUCUCUUGAGAUGGGGAAUUAAUUUCUUUAGCCAAGGUUUAACUUUCGGUACCAACUUAGUGAUAACAUCUUAAACAGAGUUGCAGUUGCUUUUUCAGUCCCCUGAUGUGUAAAAGUUUUUUGCGCUACUUAGCCAUUCUGAAUACUUUUUCCUUUGAAAUUGUUGUGUGCUAAAUUGCCAGCAGAACAAUUUGGUCACCGAGAAAGUUCAUAGUAAAACUUUGCAAUUGCAGAUGAUAGAGACAAAAAACCCCAGCGACGCAAUCGUAGUCGCAGGCGUCGUUUCAGGGGUCAGGCAGAAGAUAGACAGCCAGGUAACUCGAUUGGAGAGGUGAACCACCUCGGGUCACAAGCAUGAAGGAAUGCUCUGCGUUUGCUGUUUGUGUACCUUCUAAAAUAUAUGUAAAGCUGUCUUUUGUAAAUAAUGAUUGCUUAAUACUAAUCAAACUGCAGGAUGAGAAAUGGUCAGUGGGGCAUGUUCUAGUUUUUAUAAUGAAACUAAUACUGUUGCCUUUUAUUUGGUGUACUUCCACUGUAAGAGUGUGCAGAACUUUACUUAAUCUAUGUUGAAAUUAGAGGACAACUAUAAAUGAAUGUCAUAGGUGCAAGGGUAUGUAUUCCAUGUUGCAAGUAACACUGUCAGACAGACUCUUCCUUCGGCCUUCUGGCAUCUUUCCUUAAUAUGCAUAAAAGGUAUGUUAGCCAAGUUUUAGUGCUGUAGCAAACCAGGAUGCAUGGAGCCUUCCUGUCCUUUGAAUCAAACUUACAUCUCUUGCUUUUAAGAACACCAGAAAUCACAACUAAAUUAAAACAAAAAAUUGUUGCAUGUUCAUGCUUUGAUAAUUGUGGUUUGACAGAUUUUUUUAAAAAAGCAUACUAACACCUUACAUAUUUUAAAGGUGUAAAAUACCUUUCAGUAUAAUUCUGAGUGUUGCACCUGUAAAUUCAUCGUUUGUUGUGCUAAGUAUUCCCCCCCCCUAAAAUGUAGUGUCUGUAUUUCACUCAAGUAAUUAUUGGUGUUGCGUUUGCUACAUUAUCCACACACAGCAGCUUAAACAAGCUAUUGAACAACAGAGGCAUACCACACACAAUCCAUCUGCAGCUUUUGUCAAAUGAUGGUGUAGAUUUGCUUCUGCAGAAGCAUAGAAUUGGAGAAUACCGGAAAGUCAUAUAGAAGGGUUGUUGCUAAGUGGCAGAGCCCAUGCUUUCCAUACAAAAGGUCCCAGUUUAGUCCCCAGCAUAGAAUCAUAAAAUUUUAGGGUUGGAAGGGACCAUUCUAGUCCAACCCCCUGCAAUGCAGGAAUCUCUUUGCCAAACGCUGGCCUUGAACCCACAACCCUGAGAUUAAGAGUCUCAUGCUCUACCGACUCAGCUAUCCCAGGACCAAGUUAGGGCUUCUCCAGGUAAGGCUGGGAAAGCCUCCUGCAAGAAACCCUGGAGAGCCAGUCAGUAUUGACAGUACUUAGCUAGAGUGACCAGUGUCUGACAGCAUAAGGCAGCACCAUAUGUUUAUAGGCUUACAUCACCUUCUAAAAGAUGAACUGUUGUGAAAGCAUAUUGGGUUAAUCUUAAAUUUUGGACAAGCUAAUGUCUGGCGGUCAUUUUCCCAUGAAGCAUCUUCAGAAACAUGGCUAUGUCUGCACUGUCAGGUUUUUCUUGCUACGUGUUGUGCAUGUAGAUGUGCGAUCCAGACUGCUGCAUUGAACUGCACUGUGCUCUUUUCCCUCUCCAGCAUAAUGGUUGUACAUUGCAAUCUAAAGGAACACAUAUUCCCCUUAUGUGAAUAAUUUUAAGCAGAAGCAGAUUGCUUACAUGCAGUUCUGCAGCACUGUUAAUGAAGACCACAUUAACCCCCUUGGCAAUAACAGGAAACUCGAACCUGUUCUGAAGCUAUAAUUGCUGUGCACAGCUGUUCUGUUUUGUGGAUUUAUUUUAUGAUUUUAAUGCAAUUUGUAUUUUAAUUGUGAUACUUUUAUAACUCUUCAUUGGAGCAUUUGGUGAAGAGCAGGCUAUAAGUACGAAUAAAUAAAUGACCCUUAAUGAUCAGUCCUGCAGAAUUUCAUCCUGGGCUGACACCCAGGCCAUGUUGGCCAGAUUGUCUGGCCCUGUAUAUCACCUUCCUCUCAACCUGGUCUAAAACCACUUUGUAUUUUUCAAGCUUAUUAUCAAAAUAAUUUUCUUUUGGUCUCUUUGAAGAAUAUAAUUCAGAAAGCUGUAAGCACUACCAUAGCAAACCAAUCAUUUUCUAGUAAUAAUGCAGCCUAUAAACAAAAUCCUGUCCUGCUUAAGACAUGAAUAGGGAAACCCUUUGAAAACAAAUAGAUUUAUUGACUUGAUUAGGAUUAGUUCUGAGCAAGAAGCUAUGGGGAGGCUUUAGAUUGCCCCAGACAAUUAGUAACUUGACGAAUAAUUCCGUUUGUAGUUGAGAAUCCUUCAGAGACUGUCAGUAUACAGUACUAAAUGAUAAAACAUUCAAAACAUAUGUAGACAGGGUUUAGAAUCUCCCAGCAACCAUUCCUGAAAGCUUAGGGGUUUUGAGAAAUGUAUUGUGAUAUAAAAACCUUAUAAGGCAUCUGCAUAAAUGGGCCCUGUUGGUUUGCAGCCAAUGGUGGCUGCUCAGUUCUUAAACAUCAAGUAAUUUAAGCAAAAAUAAUUUUUUUCUCUCUCCUCACAGUAACAGUUGCUGAUUAUAUAUCAAGAGCAGAAUCUCAGAGUAGACAAAGAAACCUCCCAAGGGAAACACUGGCCAAAACCAAGAAAGAAAUGGUAAGAAAAAUUACAAGAAACAAAAUGAUAGUGUUAAUGGAAAUAUGUGGUCUCCUCCCGUGUGUGUGUAUAGAAUAAUUUAAUCACUGACACCACAACAUCAGAGGAGAGUGACUACAAAUGCUGUUAAAUGUGGUUGCCCAUCACGCUGGUGCUGAUACACACUAGGGAAACACAGUCUGGUACCAUCACAGGUCCUUACAUUGACCUACAUAGCAAUUUUAUAGGAUCCUGUGUCUGAAUCCUUCCCAUUAGUGCUGACUGCCAAACCUUUGUUAGUCUUUUGUCUCAAGUGGGCUGGUGUGGGGAAGGUGACGGCAUGUUAAUAUUUUACAUAAUAGGACAAUUAAGGCGGGAGUACUUGGCUACAUAUCAGCCCUGCUGGGUCACACCAAAGGCCCAUGUGAUCCCAGCCUUCUGUUGUCACAGCAGCUAACCAGGUGCCUAUGAGAAAGCUCAUAAGCUGGACAUGAGCCUAAUAAAUGUAAAUGUGUUCAGUGAAGAAGGCUUAUCCUGUUCAUCUAUUAUCCACCUAUGAAAAAUAAUGGUGAUUCAUGUCCCCAUUUCCUCAGAGACAAUUCAUGUAUGGAAUUCAUUGUCACAAAAUGGCUUACGCAGCAAAUGUUUUUAACUGGAUUUUAAAAUAAACGAUUUAAUUAUUUGAAAAGGUAACAGAAUUGACAAACAGAAUGCUGUAGGUACCAGAAAUCAAAUGUAUUAAUUUUUAUUUAAAACUUGCUUUUCUAGUAACAUCUGAAUUUGAGAGGAGGGAAAAUAGUAGCUUAUGUUAUGAAUCAUUCGUGUGUCGUCUUGUCACUAAUUUUUUAAAAUUUUAUUUUCAGACAAAAGAUGUGAUUGAAGAAGUUGGCCUUUCUGAAAAGGCCAUAAAUGGCCCUGCAGUUAUUUCUGAGACUGAGCCUUCCAAUUUGCAGCAUAGUCCUGAAGAAAGGCCUAGUACUGUACAAGAAGAUGGGAAUAAACAGGACGAAGCUGUGCUGAAUGGUGUUUCAUAA